AUGUCCGGUCUCACAGUCCAUCAUCUCCGCCUCUCUCAAUCCGAGAGAAUCACCUGGCUCUGCGAGGAGCUCGAGAUUCCCUACACUCUCAAAUGCUACAACCGCCAACCGCCCACUCUCAUGGCCCCAGAUGAGUACCGCCAGCUCCACUGGUCCGGCACUGCCCCCAUCAUUGAAGACAACGGCGUCGUCUUGGGCGAGACCAUGGCCAUUAUCGAAUACAUCCUGGCUAAAUACGGAAAGGGCCGUCUAGUCUUGACCCCCGACCACCCCAAGUACGCAGACUACGUCUUCUGGCUGCACCGGGCCCAAGGAUCGACAAUGCCAUCCUUCAUGGGCAUGCUGUUCAGUCGGAUGCGCGGUACCCCAUCCGAAGAGGACGCUGUUUACAAGAUGUCCGAGUCACGGGUGAAAACGACCUGUGAGGAGAUGGACCAGCACCUAGCUAAGAACACAUACUUGGCUGGUGAGGAGUUCACUGCAGCAGACUGCGUGUCGGUAUUCCAUUUGACGACCCUGCGGCUGUUUGUUCCCUACAGUCUGGAUGAGUAUCCUCAUAUCGUGCGCUAUCUGGAGCGUAUUGGACAGCGUCCGGCGUACAAGCGCGCCAUGGAGAAGGGUGAUCCUGAUCUGGUGCCUUUGUUGGCGCCGGCGGCGCCUGCUAAAUCGCUGUUGUGA